GUGAUUAUGCAACAAAUAGUAAUAAAACAGUUUUGCCAAUGUAACCGUAGAGUGCUUUUAUUGUGACAUUUAUUGUCAAAAUGACACCUAAUCGUCCAGAUGUGUUUUUAAAGAGGUAUGAGCGAAGAAAGAAAUGAUAAAUUACAAGUGCAAAACAGUAGCUUAUCCGUAAAUGAAGAUUUAGACAUAGAACAAAGUAGCGAUAAUGAAACUGCACUUGGCCUUGGUGUUGUUAAACAAAAUUCGUUUUCAGUAGAUUUAAGGAACCAGCAAAGAGAUUUACAUGAAAAUGUCCAUAAAAGUUUUCCUUGUAGCAUUAAUAACAUAAAUACGACGCCAAAAAUACCAUCUCUAUCAAAAUGGGUUGCUUCCAACGUGCAAUCCAUCACUAAAUUUCUUAAGCACAAUCACGGCUCAGGGUCAACAGAAGUCAUAAUUGAUACCGGCUGUAAAAGUAUAAGCACAUCUUCCACCCAGUUUUCAGAAGUACAUUCAGCAGUGCCCGGUGUCAAAGUUACGACAACAUUAAAUGACGAAGCUGAAGCUUCAACUUCGCGAAAAUGUGAAAUGACUGUAUCCAACCAACAAGUGAAUUUUUCUUUCGUUGAACAAACAAAUGCACAAGAUAAUCCAUUCUAUUCACGAAGUCACUGCAGUAGUAUGCAGGCUAUAUGCUUUUAGAACAGACCCUCUUCGAGUCGAUCCACCCCCGUAAACCAGCAAUCUCCUGAAAUGUUCAUAUCAUCUCAAGAGCUGACUAGCACUAUACCUCAUCCUCGUAAAGAUCCAACUGACAAUCAGCCAGUCAAUAUUGUAUUUGGUAAUAUCGAAGCAAUAGUGAAUCAGGCCCUGAAUAUUUCAGACCAAAAGGAACGAGAAGCAACUCAUUCAUCGGUUACACUUGAACCACCCCCUUCUAGGGACGAAUUAUUAGUAAUAGGUCAAGCAAUACCGCCUGAAACGGAUUCCAGACUAGAAGUACUUAUUUCACCCCCUCCCUAUCCCCCUAGAAUUAUACAAGGUCCACCAUCAAUAAGUGGCGCACCACCAUCUUACUCGGCCGUAAUGAGAUUAGGUUCAGAACCUAUAUGGGGUAGGGCUAUUGCAAUUCGACCGUCACCUCCUUUUAUAGCACCCCCUCCACCACCAGCUUAUACGCAAGCCGUUGGGUAUGCACCCCCUGAUAGAUCCUAUGCUUCAAGUGGGUUAGAAGACGCAGAAAGUUAUUCCGAUUGGAUACGUUAUACGUUGGAUCAAAUGGUAUGGGGUUCAGAUCCAAUAACCAUGAUAUGUCCGAGGUGUGCAAAUGUGAUAAUGACGUCAACAUAUGCCCGUCGAUCUGGUCUAUCUCAUCUGUCAGCGGUAGCCAUGUUUUUCUGCGGAUGUUGGCCCUGUUGUCUAUUACCGUAUUGUAUGGACUCCUGUAAGAACACGUAUCAUUACUGUCCGCGAUGUCAGGCAUUCCUGGGUGUCUAUAGACCUUGGAGGCAGACGGAAACGAUGCUACUACACUAACUUAAGUGCGGGGAUGAUAUAAAGUGCCAAUGUCAACGAUUAUUAUGGAUUUAAAUGAAAUAUUUGGUUUAAUAAAGUUUUGAUUGAAA